ACCGUAAAUAGUUUGCCUUCGAGUAGGCCUAUCCAUUUUUGGUUGCAAGGGCCAAUGCAUGGUCAGUUCGUUGAUAAAAUCUUCACAAUGGAGGGGUUUUUAUGCCUUCAAAGAUUAAAAUCUUCUUACACGAAUGAUCCUUCGAUUUAAAGCACAUUUUGUAGACGAUGGGGGAUUCGUAUUUAAAACCAUGUGAGUUCUUGAUUUCUCUGGUGUAACUGUCCGAGCGGUGAACCUAUUGUUCAGUGGGAAUAUCUAUUGUUUCAUUCCCCCUAUAUAUGACGUCACGGAUAUACGCCAAUGCUUGAUUUCUUUACACAUGAAUAAUCUUUCGACUUCGAGCGUUAUUUAAAAGAGGAUAGAAAGUUGUGGAAAAAGGUUUCUCUUCAACCUUGUUGGUAGCUCUCGUCACUCAUCAGCAACCUGUGUCUUGUCAAGUAGAGGGUUAAAGGGACUACGUCUUCAUCAGGGUAAAACAACCUUUGAUCAUGAACGUGGCAGUGAAGUUCAUCAAUCACUACUAUCUUGUCCUGAUUCUCGUGGGAGCGGUCAGUGGUCACCCAGAUCUUUGUAUAGUGAACGACACUACUCCAAUUGUAUGGUUAGGUGGUGAGCAACAAGGCUAUGACUGUCAAGAUGAAACGCCACCUUGUCCACACUUUGGUCUCAAGUCCAUCUGUCAUGAUGAUGAUGGUGGAGAUUUUCCUCCGUGCUUAAACGAAACCAAACUCCUCUGUGCCUCUCCACCGGCAGUUCCUUUGACCAAUCCUACAGAAGUUUCAACCCUUCGAGUUCUUGCAUAUAACAUUCUUGAACUACCUUACCCAUUUUUUCAAGGCGGUCAAAGGGAGCGAACAUGUCGGAUUCCCCAUGAACUAUUUAGGCUGCAUCCCGACCUUGACGUCAUUGUCUUCAACGAAUUGUUCCAAGGAGGGUGUUUCUCUAUCGUCAACCCUUACACCAAUUCAAGCGUUCUCAGUUUCAGGGACAUUCUAACCCAACAUGGCUUUGGUUAUUUCACCGAAAACGUUGGAGAGCCCUUUUCAUCUCCCCUCGUAGUAAAUGGUGGGACCUUUAUUGCUUCACGAUGGCCUAUCGUGAGGCACGACAGUCACGUCUUUACGGUUGCUGAUAAUACCACAUUGGAUGCUCUGUCUGCUAAAGGGGCAGUAUACGCUGAGAUCGUUAAAACAGUCGGAGAUUCCGAGAUGACCUAUCAUAUCUUUGGUACGCACAUGCAAGCUUCUGAGUCACCAUCUGAGAUAACUGACAGAGUUCGUGUUCAGCAAGCAGGAGAAAUACGUGAACUGAUGGAGAAACAGAACAUAUCUUCUACAGAACCAGUCAUAUAUGCAGGAGAUUUAAAUGCUGAAAAUGGAACGUCUCAUGGAACUGAUGUCGUCGCCACGUUAAAUGCCACCCAACCGCCGAAUAUUGGAGAGUAUGUCUACACGUUUGAUGGACCAAUAAAUGAUCUCCUUGGACCGACUGUUGAUGCUAAUUAUACAGGUUGGCUCGAUUAUGUACUGUACAGCAACAAUCAUCUGCAGCCUUUACAUUCAUCUGUGGAUGUGGUACGCCCUCGACUCGACCAACCCAUAGAAAUCUGCAUAUCUGCUAAUGAGUCCAUUCCAAUUUACGCAGCAUCUAGUCGAUGUCUCCAACGUCUCCAAACUCGGGAUCUAUCUGAUCAUUUCGCGGUGCUAGGUGUCUUUGAGUUCCCAUCGUCAGCAGUUGACACUUUUAACACGCUUUCAAGCUUUCUUUGUAUAUUAACUGGAGUAAGUGUCAGUCUUUUCAUUCACUAAUGAAGAGGUUUUACAAUGUGUGUAGUUGGUCUAUCUGGAUAUUGCAAGAGCGACAUUUUCUUUAGCUGUUUGCAAGGUAUAAUUAUGCUUUAUAAAUGACUUGAAUUUGGUAAUACGAUCCGAAUGCGGUUCUCGGUGUCUUUCAAUCGUUCUGCUAAAAUUGAAAUAACACGUUCUACGCACAACUCGAAACUCCAUUAUUAUUGAAACUCUUCUGAUCUUGACGCUACAAAAUGCAUUUUUGCCAAAAUAAAACUAGGAUCAUUUGAAAUACAGUCACAUUUAAUUUGUAAGAAAAUCUGAAAAAAUGAUAAAUGUAGCACUUAUUUUAUAUUCCACUCAUUCUCAAGGUUACGUGCAACUCCACAUACAGCCCAAUGAAAGUUUCUCCUGAUGGUCUUUUCUACAUACCACUAUUACUGUCAAAUAUUAUUGAUGAAGUAAAGGUAAAUCGAUCAUAUUGAAGUUGGAAUUUAUUGAAAUGAAUUAUGCAUCCAGUACCAAAGCAAUGAUUUAUGUACUUCAAAAGUAAAGAAGUUUUGAACAAGACAACAGAUUGCAUGCAUAAUUAUGCAUAAAAUUAAUGAACAGUAUAUGUCACUAUUAUAACCAUUUUAUCAUCAAAAUACUGUAUGUUCAUACUUUGCUAGAAAUAAUAAUAUAUGCUAAAAUCAUAUUUUAUUAGAAAUAAAAGUAUAUGCUAUUUUGUUACUCUGAUAGAUAUAAAGGUAUCUGCUAGGUUCAUACUAUAAAAGAUAAUAAGCACAUUCCGUCACAUCAGUUUUCUGGAAAAUUCUGUAUAUUAAAUGACUAAGGAAAAUAAUGCUUAUGGUUUACAGAAUUUGUCUUAACCGAAUCAAGAAGGCUGAAACAUCUACAGUACUACUGUCGUUAUUUGUUCACCAUGUCUGACGAAUCCGUUUGCUUUUCAUGACAUCCUACAUCUUCAUGUCAACCAAGCAAAUUUAUUGACGUUGUUUAGUAGCUUUAAAUGAUAGUUAAAAUAGAUUUGUAGCUGUUAUCCUUCCCUGAUCGUAUUAUGUUAUACCGUAUUCCUAUGUAAUCAUUGAUUAUAACGGAUUUACCACACGCUAUUUUUACAAUUGAUUGUAAAAUGUUUUUUUUAUAUGUGUUGUAAUAUCUUCUAAUUCUCCUCUUAAAUAUUUUAACCCUUUUUUUUAAUUGUGCUGGGCUCUCUAACAAAGCAUUUUAUACGGAAGAGACUACCCUUGGUCAAUAAAAGAGAAGAAAAGAUGAACGAAUUAAUUCAUUAAUUAAUAAACAAACAAAUAUAUAAAUAAGUAAAUAAUGUUACGAUGGAGGAAUUGAAACGGACAAUGAAAUGGCUGGUGUGUACGAGCUUUAAUUAUGAUCUUCUCUUUUUCUCUUUUACUCGAUCCAUCAUCGCUUUUGAAUACACACCCA